UGUCCUGAAUGACAUCUGUCAACUCUUCACGAUCAAAUACGUCGGGGGUCGGCCUGUGUUUUAAGAAUUAAUAUCAAUUAAAUUUAAUAAAAGUGGUCCUAAUUGUGGAUCACUGAUUUAUACUGGGCUUUAUCAAAGAUUUAGUGACCAAAAUGAGUAAGCUAAUUCCCUCUGCCGCUAAACUUUUGUCAGGAAACACAAUCACAAAAGCGGCCACCCCGGUUGUAACGACUACGAAAGCAAAAUACAGCACGAAAAGUGAAGCUACGUUUGAGAUUAAGCCCUACAAACUCCACAAAUUGGACAAGGGCCCGGCUCAGUCGGCCACCCUCACAUCAGAAGAUGCCCUCAAGAUUUACACGCAACUUGCCACGCUGCGGAGGAUUGAGACUGCCUCCGGAAACCUGUAUAAAGAGAAGAUCAUUCGUGGCUUCUGCCAUUUGUACUCAGGCCAAGAAGCGGUAGCGGUGGGCAUGCGUCAAGCCAUGCGUGACGUGGACUCGGUCAUCACGGCGUACCGCUGCCACGGCUGGACGCACCUCAUGGGCGUCAGCGUGCUGGGCGUGCUGUCCGAGCUGACGGGCCGCCGCACUGGCUGCUCGCGCGGCAAGGGUGGAUCUAUGCAUCUUUACGGAAGAAAUUUCUAUGGUGGAAACGGAAUUGUCGGAGCUCAGGGCCCCCUAGGCGCGGGCGUGGCGUUCGCACACAAAUACAAAGGCGACGGCGGCGUCUGCUUCGCCCUUUACGGCGACGGCGCGGCCAACCAGGGCCAGCUGUUCGAGGUGUACAACAUCGCCAAGCUGUGGGACCUGCCGUGUGUGUUCGUCUGCGAGAACAACGGAUACGGCAUGGGCACCAGCGUGGACAGGUCCUCAGCGAGCACGGACUACUACACGCGCGGCGACUACGUUCCCGGAAUCUGGGUUGAUGGCAUGGACGUACUAGCCACUAGGGAGGCUACGAAAUACGCUAUUGACUACUGCACCAGUGGGAAGGGUCCGCUAGUAAUGGAAAUGGAGACGUACCGCUACUCCGGUCACUCCAUGUCGGACCCGGGCACGUCGUACCGCACCCGCGACGAGGUCCAGGAGGUCCGUCAGACCCGCGACCCCAUCACGUCGUUUAAAGAAAAGGUUAUCACCAACGAGCUUGUGACCCCCGAUCAGCUUAAGGAAAUCGACGCCAAAGUCCGGACAGAAGUGGACGAAGCGACGAAGCAGGCCAAGUCGGAGCCCGAGAUCGGCGUCGAGGAGUUGGCCGGCGAUAUCUACUGCAACAACGCGGAGCCCUUCAUCCGAGGCCUGCACCCCGAGGCGCCGCUCAGGCACGUCGAGGUCAUGCCAAGGAUGCGCAAUUAAACCUUCAAAUACGUAAUCAGUUGGGGCAAGUGAAUG